GCGCCGAGCACGAAACAACAAGCAUCACCGCCACUGGUAUCGAGAGUGGCCGCAGUUUUGCCUAGGCCACCGGUUUAAUACUGUAUAUAUACCCAAUUACCGCCUGGAGAUCCGGAUCAUCAUCAUCGACCGUCCGAACGAAUAGCUGCAAAGCCGAUCUCGCCGCUCGCCUCACUGGCACGAUUCCGUCGAUCGAUCGCACAACCAGAGGGACCCGUGGCUCGCUAUGGAUUUAAUGAAAGGUCAAUAGAUAUCUCAAGUCACAAGUAACAUACUUAACGCCCGGGACCUAUUUACUUACGACCAGCAUCGCGGCUGUUGCGACGACGCAGCUCGCCAGGUCGCUUGCCGCCCGGCACCUUUCAUCCUCCAUAGUGGCUCUAGCAAUUCUGCAGUAGCCUCUGGGGGCGCCAAUUAUAAUCAUGGACACGGGCGAAUAUGAAACAAACGCGCUGAUUGUGAACGACGUGUCCGCCAUCGCCUACCGCCUCUACGAACCUGCGCAAGACCAUCGAUUCAAUUUCCAUUCAUUUGGCCUAAACGUUGAAAAGGCUCUCCGCGAACAACGCCAUAUUGUGUCUUACGAUGCAAAGGAACGAGCUAUAUGGUACUUUUACGUUCUUCCGAAGGAUGAUGAACUCGAUACGACUGCCAACGAAAAGCUCGGACCCACCAUACAAAUCCUCGACUGUGCAUUGCAAAUAAGAGAGGAAGGAGUUUUUGAACCAGGUUUUCUUCAUAAAUCUCGGCUUCAAACCCAACAAAGCACUCAGACGAUCAAUUCGACGGCCACGCCUACAGCCUCUGCUUCGGAUUCUCAAAGACACGGCUUGAACUCACCAUCACAGUUGUCUGUUACAACGCCACAGGACCAUGAGUCAAAGGCGUCCAACUUAUCGCAGCAAGAAACAAAUUCUCCACAUAUAACAGAUAAACUUGUUUAUGAGAACUUCAUCGGCGCUCUCCUAUAUACUGUGUCUUCGACCUUUUGUACUAGGACUCAAUCUCUGCCUUUGAACUACCGAACAGUUCUGUUACCAGAGGCCUUUUGUCAAGUACAAGAUUACAGUAACGCGGAUCCGUCAUUGCAACCACGGUUAGGCUCAUUUCGUGCGUAUAUAACGACUACCGGAGCACUCAUCAUCGGCUUUACUGUUACAGUAUGUCGCGGUUUCGAAUGCCUUAGUCAGGCCAUCUCAAGCAGCUCGAACGGUAUGGCAACAAAAGUUUUAGCGGCGCCUUUUGGCAUUGUCAAAGGACGCGAUGGCAGCCCAACAUCGGAUUUAGGCAUAGAACACCCGUCAUCAAACCAGAGUCAAGCUCUUCGAAGCCUGUCAGGAACACAUCUCGCAUUGUGGGAGCAAGCGUGUUUCAACAUUCUCCAAUCCCGAGGAGUGUCGAAUCAAGCUAUUGGCACUGAAUCAUGGGCUACCUUGUCAAUCAACAAGCUCAGAUUACAAGAAGCACGUACAGAGGAAAAGCGCAAUAACGAACCAUGCCCUACGUUUUCAAUGCCAUGGCCCGGAAAGCUUUGUUUCCGCAAAAAGGUUUUGGACGUGUCAUCAACGAACAGAGUUGGAGAAAUGAUAAUCAGCGUCCAUGACGAAAGCCAUGACCCUUUGGCAUUGGCAAGAACCUGGUUCAACGCCUCGGCUGAGCGCGAAGAAAAGCUUUCUAGAAGACGGUCAGAUAGAAGAACGGCCCAGGCAGCUGAUGCUCAAGGCCAAGAUCCGAGAUUAAGUCGGCCUAAUGCCCCGUCACCAUUAGCAAUGAGGCAACAAGGCGCUUCAGGUGCAAAUAUGGUGUAUCCUACGCCCCCGGAUGCUCUCCACAAUCUCAACGGAGUGACACCAACACUUGAUGGAGCUUUAUCGAGUCCCGGAAAUCCUCUAUCAGCAGCAAAUGUCGACAUUGAUGCUGCCCCUAGCGCUUCCCAUGUCAUUAACAGUGGAGAAGAAGAGGCGCAUAGUGAAGCUGGUGAUUCUAAGCGAUUAAACAGCGAUGUCAACUUGCUUAACGGAGCUGAUAACAUAUUUGAGGACAUGGGAGGAGACAUGUUUGAUGAUAAUGAUAUUACUGAAGCGGACUUCAACUUCUUCGACGAAGAGCCGUCCGCGAUGGAGAUGGAGCCUCAUGAUGAAAAGCCUUUGGAUAAGGACGACCUUGAUGGUACGCCAAGAGUGGAACAUAAUACUGAUGUUACAGCUGCUCCAGAGCAAUCAGUCAGCAUUAAGGAGGAGCCGGUUGUGUUUGCCAAACCCGAGUUGCGGCACGCUCGAAGCUCACAGGUUGAUGAAAAUCAGAGAGGCAAGGAAAACUCUUUUGGGAAGACAUUGAAAAGAAGUUCAAGCCCGUUUGACCCUCAUACAAUUUUCAAAAGAGUCCGCGCUUCAAUUCUUUUAUCACGAGCAGCUGCAGCACAAAAUGUUAAUAAUCUGCAGAGAGCCGGCAAAAUAUUUGAGAAGGUCGACUUCGACCAUCGUCUUCCCAUGCUGAACAAGAAAUAUGAACAUGGAGGCUUAUAUGACUAUGGCGAUGUCGGUAGACGGGCUUCCUUGAAAUCGGAACCUGGGGCAGUCCCUCAGACCAACUACUUAAAACGGCAUGGAAAGGGGCUACUAAAGAGAAAUGCGCGUCCAAAUUCUCUGGAUUCUCUGAUGGGAAGCCUAGGUGGGAUUGAUGGACUGACUGCAGACGUCGGAGUUGGCAAGUAUAACAACAUGACCGCCGCCGGCGACGAGUCUAGUUCCGAUUCUGACAGUGACGAAUCAUAUGCUGAUAUCGGUGGCGAUCCGUCUCCGCUGAAGACCGGUUUCCGAUCCACGGUUAAUGGCCCAGCCGACUCCGAUGCGGUUUCUCAAGGAACUCCUGUAAGAGACGCCGAACCUCUGAAUGAAGCUGAUGACCGGCUUGCCCUUGAGCUGCCACGGUUACUACGACCAGAUACACCCGAGAUAUCACUUCCUCAGUACUUUGCUGACCCAGAGCCGUUUCCAUUGGAUUUGCCACUCUCUGACGAAGAUCUGAUACUGGUUGCCCAACUAGUAACUGAACAGGCAGCCAUUGGAGCACUUGACAUAUACGACCAUCGCUCCGAAGAGUCCUACGAUGACGAUGCAGCUUGUCAACGACCGCCAUAUUUUGCCACACGGGGCUCCAUAGACAUCUUGCAACACAUCGUUUCGUCGUUCCUAAGUCGGGCUACCUCGCUAAAGCUCAAGGCGUUGCUUGAUAUUCAGGACAUUCCACUAAUGGGGCAGCCAGCACGAGUACAGCCUCGCGCGAUCCCAGGUCGCGAUCCGAACUCUGACCCAGUGCGCCCAAGCAACCUGUACCAGAUUCCAAGCCCCCAUCUUGAAGUGAGGCGAGCCGAUAACAAGCUAUCGGUACUGCCGUCUGCUAUUGGCUUCUGGGAGAGUUUAGGUCUAGCUCCUUCUUCAGGAAACAAGGACGUCAAUGCGGUUUGUGUCUUUCAGGGAUGGACAGGAAUGGCAGACAAUGUCAGAACGUUCCUUGGCAGGUUGAAGAGCAUGUAUGAAACGCUGAAAUUGGGCUCUGUCCAAAACAUGCCCAUUGCAGACCAAGAGGCUGGCAUGCUUCAGUAUGAGGUUGACAAAAUUUCGACGUCUCCCGAUGCUACUAUGACUGGUCAUGGGUCCGCAAUGAUUGAGAGCAUGGAGACGCUGAGAGGCGCACUCUCUAGCUUGGAAACAGUCGACACGAAUGUCGUUGUGUACUUUGUGUACUCUCCCAGAAAUCCCGGCACCAUUGUAGAAGCAUGCACUGCCUUCCAGCGCUUCUUUGAUUCGUACCAAGCAUCCUUGACAGCAAAGCAGGAGAUUCCAAAGAACGAACUUGUUCUUCAGCUAGUCUCAGCCGACCUGAUUUCAUCACCAUCCAAAGUUAUCGUUACGCCAGCAGCUGACCUCGUCCGACUUUGUAUGGAAACCUACGACCGCUGUGUUCCCUUUGGCGGCACGAUGCCAGCGCCGGCAAUUCGGUUGGAGCAGCCGCUACCACGUAUCAUCGACUUUAAGCUCAACAACAAUCCGUCUGCUUCACUCAUUCGAGAGAACUCUUGCAUACAUGUUGCCUAUGCUACGAGUGUGGACAAACGGUGGAUCAGUGCUGCUUGGACGGACGAUAGAGGCAAUGAACAAGCUACGGCUUCGUAUUGCUUUGGCCGCAAAGAUAAAUCACCGUCACGAACAAUGAAUGACAUUGCCAACGAAAUCUGGGAGUCAACACUGCAACUGAUCUCUACCUGGAAGAUUCAUUGGCGCGUUGUGAUAACAAAAUGUGGUCCGAUGGAGGCUCACGAAGCCGAGUUUUGGAUUGAGUUGGCUCGUACGGAAAUCCACGCCAGCGUCACCAUGAUAUUAAUGACAGUAGAUACCAAGCCAUCGUUGCAGCUUAUCCCGCCAGCAAUCAAGCUACCACCGCAAUCAAUCACGAGCUAUACUACGCCAGUGUCUACACCGCAGCCGAACAUCGUUUCUCCGGAGGCUAUGGCGACGCCAGCGACGCCGGCUCGAGACGCCAGUACAUUGGCUGCUACACCUGGUGGCGAUAGUACCGCUGAUCCAGAGACCGAAUCAGUAUUGGCGGAUGUUACAGAUCAGACAUGGGGUGCCAUUUCAAGCCAUCGGCUGAGCAACUCGAUAAGUACGCUCGAAACACAUCCAGCUUUCAUCUCUGGAUACUUGGUCAAACGCACCGGAUCCAAAGCGGAAGACUCGCCGGCUAUUAUGGAGGUCAACCUUGUUCACACGGAAGCCGGGUCCCGAGCAUACGAGCCUCUGCUACGGGAAAUGCUUAGCUACUUCCGCAGUCUUGGUACGUUGGCUCGUGCACGUGGAGUGGUUGAGGCUGAGACAGAUGUCCGGCCAUGGCAUGUUGCGGCAGCAGAAAAGGCUGCCAGGGCUUUGUAUUUGUUAAUGUAGAGCUUUUGUUGGAAACAUAUUAUUGGAGUUUUGGGGGAGUAUGGCGUCUCUUUUAAGUGGUAGUGAUGAAGCAUUGGGUGAGCGGAGGAAUGAAUUGGAGUGGGCUGUACAUAAUCUAACCCAUGAUUAUUCAAAUCAAUGCUCAUCUUCAUUUCUUUUUUCCGCUCGAGAUUAACCGUGAAUUUUUAAUUUUAUUUUAUUCC